AUGAACAGUAAAAGGGACGAGUUAAAACUUUAUUGGAAUAAAAUUAAUUACGCUUUCCCAAUUUUAAAUGAUACCUUAUUUACUGAUUGCACUGAGUGCGAAUAUGAGGAAAUUCAACAAAUGAUUACAGGACUAGGAAUUCAAGUAAAAAUACGUGAUCUUAUUUUAGUUCACAUUGAAAAAUAUUUACGACAACAAGUGUCCCCAGCGUUUUGGGGAAAAUUCAUUAAAGUAGAAGAAGAAGUAAAAGGAUUUCAAUUAUUUAAAUCUGCAGUCAACGAUCUUUAUGAAUUCGUGUCAAAUUUUUCACUUAUUUUAUCAAACCUUACUAAGUUGAAUAGUGUUUGUUGUGAUAACAAACCUAUAUUUGGAGAGCGAGAUGUUGUAUUAGGCUUUAAACAAUUACUACGAGCUACACUUCUUUCACAACUACCACUCGAUUUUCAUGUAGUAAUUAAUCACUUUUAUAAAGUCUCAUUUAAUGUCUUUGACAAUGAGUAUGAAAAUUCUGAAAUGGGUGAAGAUGUUAUGUGCUCUGGUUGCUGGAAUGAAUAUUCUGAUUGCAAUUGUGCAUACAUUGUUAAAGUCUUUCAUGAAACAAAUCGGAAGCUGAUGGAACUUCAGCUGCUUGAAAGGCUGACAGGACAGGUUUUAACUAAUUUCAUACAAAUGAGAAUUGAAAGUCACAUACAGAAACUUUGUACUGGAACUUUUGAUGUUUCUCACAUAAGUUUUCUUGAAAAUUGGCUAGAUACAACAGUUAUGUCAUGGUUAAUAAGAAUUUACUGUGCUGGUUCAUCAAAACCACCACCAGAUGACACAAAUAUUUUGAGUGCAAUUUCAAAAUUUAAACAAAAAGUAAGCUACUAUUUGUAUCACAGUUAUACAAAAUUAAGGAUUGAUCAAUUGUUUAACAUUAUAAUUGAAUAUCCAGACUCACAGCCGGCUGUUGAUGAUAUUAAAUUGUGUUUGGAUAAAACUGACUUACGUUCCACUUUAUGUAAAAAAUUACAAAAUGCUUUAGAAACAAGAUUGUUACAUCCUGGUGUAAAUACUCCAGACAUUCUUACUGCAUAUAUUUCAACAAUUAGAGCUCUACGACACUUGGAUCCUUCUGGUGUCAUUUUAGAGACUGUUACAAAGCCAGUUCGUACUUACCUAAGAAAUAGAGAGGACACUGUUCGCAGUGUAGUUAGUAGUUUAACAGAAGAUGGUGCUGGAAGUGAAUUAGCAGAAGAGUUGGCAAAAUUUGCUGCAGAAACUGAUGAUGAUAAUGAAAAAGAAGAAGCUUGGGAUGAAUGGGUUCCUGAUCCAGUAGAUGCAGAUCCUAAAAUAAAUGCAAAUGAUAGAAAGGCAAAUGAUAUUAUAUCUAUGCUUGUUAAUGUAUAUGGAAGUAAAGAAUUAUUUGUUAAUGAAUACAGAACCCUGUUAGCUGAUAGAUUGUUAGCUCAAAGUGUUAUUAAUACGGAAAAAGAGAUAAGAUAUUUAGAGUUACUUAAGCUUAGAUUUGGAGAAUCUCAAUUACAUUUUUGUGAAGUGAUGUUAAAAGACGUUUCUGAUUCUAAAAGAAUUAAUGCUUUGAUACAGCAAGAUAAAAAUUUUGAAGCAUUAAGUGAUAAAUUCUCAUCUAAUGCAAUGAUUUUGUCUGCUCAGUUUUGGCCUCCAUUUAAAGAUGAAAGUUUAGAAUUACCAGAGGAAAUCAAACAACACUUUGAUGCAUAUACAAAAUCAUAUGAAGCAUUAAAAGGGAAUAGAACUCUUAAUUGGAAACCACAUUUAGGUAAUGUUAAUAUUGAAAUAGAAAUAGGCGACAAAAAGUUAGACUUGACAGUGUCACCGUUCAAUGCCACUUUAAUAAUGCAUUUUCAAAAUAAAACUGAAUGGUCACUUGAGGAACUGCAUCAAACUAUGAAAGUUCCUAUUACAAUUUUAAGAAGAAAAAUCACAUAUUGGCAGUCAAUGGGAAUUAUAUCAGAAAAAAGUGCUGAUUAUUAUGUAUUGAUAGAUGGAUCGGAAGCAAACAAAUCUCAUGGUGCAGCAAAUCAAGUCCAAGAAAUGAUAUGUGAGGAUGAAGAGACAGAGAGUGUAAUGGCAUCUGCACAUGACCAAAGAGAAGGAGAAUUGCAGGUUUUCUGGUCGUAUAUUGUGGGAAUGCUGACAAAUUUAGACUCUUUACCCUUAGAGCGGAUUCAUCAGAUGCUGAAAAUGUUUGCAUCACAAGCUCCUGGCACUGAGUGCAGUCUUCAAGAGUUAAGACAAUUUUUGGAUACAAAGGUCCGAACUCAUCAGCUUGUUUUACAAGCAGGCAUGUAUAAAUUACCUAAAACA